UAAAGAUAAGAUGGUUACUCAACGAUCUGUAAUAUUAAUAAAAUAUAUGCUUCUGAAAUAUUCCUUACAAUUUUUAUUGAUAAGAACCGUGUAUUAGCUCUUCAAGUGGUGAACACGGGUGUUAUUUCCCGCUAAUUUAUCACGGUUCAAUAUAUUUUUAAUAUUAAUAUUUUUUUAAUAAUUAUGCAUUUAUAGCUAUUUAUUUACUAUUUAGUAUUUACGCACGACGCACCUCUUUACCUAAUUAACUUAAAUGAAGUGUUGUGUACCGAAUUGUGUUAAUCAACACAAAUCUUCUUUUAUUGUGCCUAAAAGUGAGAUUAAAUUGAAAGAAUGGGAGUGUAUUCUAGGUAUAAAAUUAAAAAAACAAUUUAGAGUUUGUGGAUCACAUUUUAAUAAAAAUGACAUUAUUGAUACUUGGGAGUCUGGACAAGGCUUUUCCAAAUACACGGUGUGUUUAAAACGACCUAGAUUAAGAGAAGGUGCUGUCCCAUUUCUUUUAAACAGUGAUACAUCAUUGCAAAGUGUUCAGGAAGAAUCUGUAGGAUUAAAAUAUAAUAAUGACCAUAACUACUGUCUUAGUAUGGAAUGUAGUCCACCAAUCAAUAAUGUAUAUGAAGAAAAAAUUUACUCACCUCAUAAAAAACUUAAACUUGAUGAUUUAAUUGAAGAAACUGGUUUAUUUAAUAUUUUAUUUAACCAAACAAAUAAAAUUAAUUUACCAAUUAGGUGGUCGGUUGAUACUUUGAUUGAUGUCAAAGUUAAAACAUUUAAAAAAUCUAUUUCUUUUUAUAAAAUGGGACCAUUUACUGUCUCAUAUUUCAGGUUCAUUGAAAAACAUCUUGUG